AUGACAAUCCAUGUGUCAUCCGCCGCGCUCCGGGACUGGUUGUGUGCCAUACCCAUUGAUAGGCGCCAAGCCCCUCUGGGCCCCGAUACAGCUCUUUUCGGCAAUCGCAUCCCGCCCGGCACUUCGGCUCAGUCACCCAACACUUUGAUUUCACCUUCGAUGUUCUUCGAUUUCGCCUUCGACUACCCUUCGACGCUCUUCGAUGUCUUCGACUGUGCGCGACGCUUGCUCGAAGCUCGGCGCGGUCGUCCUGAUGCCUCGCCCGUAGAUCUCAGGACAUCUCCCGCAUUCAGCGGACAAUAG